AGAGCAAUCAUGUUUGAAAUUAAGAAGAUCUGCUGCAUCGGUGCUGGGUACGUUGGCGGGCCAACGUGUAGCGUCAUCGCCCAUAUGUGCCCCAAAGUUCAGGUCACAGUUGUUGACGUCAAUGAAGCCAGAAUCAAUGCAUGGAAUUCUGACACUCUUCCCAUUUAUGAGCCAGGUUUAAAAGAAGUGGUCGAGUCCUGUAGAGGGAAAAACCUCUUUUUUUCCACCAGUAUUGAUGAUGCCAUCAGAGAAGCUGAUCUUGUGUUUAUUUCUGUGAACACCCCAACAAAGACUUACGGCAUGGGGAAAGGCCGGGCGGCAGAUCUGAAAUACAUCGAGGCCUGUGCAAGGCGGAUUGUGCAAAACUCAAAUGGCUAUAAAAUUGUGACUGAGAAAAGCACUGUCCCUGUCCGUGCUGCAGAGAGCAUCCGGCGUAUAUUUGAUGCCAACACCAAACCCAACUUGAAUUUGCAGGUACUGUCUAACCCAGAAUUCCUAGCUGAAGGCACAGCGGUGAAGGACCUGAAGAAUCCAGACAGAGUGCUGAUUGGGGGAGACGAGACUCCUGAGGGCCAGAAAGCCGUUCGUGCACUGUGUGCUAUCUAUGAGCAGUGGGUGCCCAAAGAGAAAAUCCUUACAACCAAUACCUGGUCAUCUGAACUUUCCAAACUGGCAGCAAAUGCUUUCCUUGCCCAGAGAAUUAGCAGCAUCAACUCCAUAAGUGCUCUCUGUGAAGCAACAGGUGCCGAUGUAGAAGAGGUAGCAAGAGCCAUUGGAAUGGACCAAAGAAUUGGAAACAAGUUUCUGAAAGCCAGUGUUGGAUUUGGUGGUAGCUGCUUUCAAAAAGAUGUUCUGAAUUUGGUUUAUCUUUGUGAGGCCCUGAAUUUGCCAGAAGUAGCUCGUUACUGGCAACAGGUGAUUGACAUGAAUGACUAUCAGAGGAGAAGAUUUGCUUCCCGGAUCAUUGAUAGCUUAUUUAACACCAUCACUGACAAGAAGAUUGCUAUUUUGGGAUUUGCGUUCAAAAAAGACACAGGAGACACAAGAGAAUCCUCCAGCAUCUACAUCAGCAAAUAUUUAAUGGAUGAAGGUGCAAAGCUACAUAUCUAUGACCCCAAAGUGCUGAGAGAACAAAUAAUUCUGGAUCUUUCCCACCCAGGUGUAUCUGAGGAUGAUCAAGUGUCCCGACUAGUCACCAUUAGCAAAGAUCCCUAUGAAGCAUGUGAUGGAGCCCACGCCCUUGUGAUCUGUACUGAGUGGGACAUGUUUAAGGAGCUGGACUAUGAGCGCAUUCACAAAAAAAUGUUGAAGCCAGCUUUCAUCUUUGAUGGUAGGAGAGUCCUUGAUGAACUUCAUAAUGAACUACAAGGCAUUGGUUUCCAGAUUGAGACAAUUGGGAAGAAGGUAUCGGCCAAGAGGAUUCCAUUUGCUUCUUCGUGUGACAUACCAAAGUUUAGCCUACAGGAUCCUCCCCUGAAGAAGCCAAGAGUAUAGGUUUUAAAUCAGUAACAAAGGGUUAUAAUGGAAUGUCUUCUGUGAGCUAUAAAUCAGCAU